AUGUCUUUAAUUAAGAAGAAAGUGGCAUCUGUUUCGUCAGGGUCGAAAACUUAUCCCGUCCAAGUAGCUAGUAUGGAUGCAGAGCUUCAGUUUGUCAUUGAGUCCAGGACAACCGGGAAGGAACUUUUCGAGAUGGUGAUGAAUCAAGAUGUGCCGAAAGAUAAUCCAAUUCCGUUCCUCUUUCUUGCCAAGCUCUAUCCAGCUGAUGUUUCCGAGGAACUAAUCCAGGAAAUAACUCAACAUCUAUUUUUUCUGCAAGUUAAACAAUCCAUACUCAAUAUGGACAUAUAUUGUCCGCCAGAAGCGUCCGUCUUGUUAGCGUCUUAUGCUGUCCAAGCAAAGAAUAAAAGGCAAACGGAUUUGUGGCUUGGAGUUGAUGCUCACGGACUUAAUAUCUAUGAAAGAGACAAUCGAUUAGAUGCCAAGAUCUCUUUUCCUUGGAAUGAAAUUAAGAAAGUUUCUUUCAAAGAUAAGAAGUUCACCAUCAAGCCAAUGGACAAGAAAGCCCCAGAUUUUAUGUUCACAGCCCCCAAAGUGAGGAUUAAUAAAUUGAUCCUUGAACUUUGUGUCGGCAACAGAGAAUUGUAUAUGAGAAGACGAAGAACAGACAGCAUGGAAAUUCAGCAAAUGAAGGCACAUGCCCGGGAAGAGAAAGCCAGAAGAUUGGUCUUUGUUUACAUGCCUUUUUAUUUCUUUCCUUGUCUACACGUCUCUUUCCUUGUCUACACGUCUCUUUCCUUGUCUACACGUCUCUUUCCUUGUCUACACGUCUCUUUCCUUGUCUACACGUCUCUUUCCUUGUCUACACGUCUCUUUCCUUGUCUACACGUCUCUUUCCUUGUCUACACGUCUCUUUCCUUGUCUACACGUCUCUUUCCUUGUCUACACGUCUCUUUACUUGUCUACACGUCUCUUUUUCCACGUCUCUUUCCUUGUCUACACGUCUCUUUCCUUGUCUACGUCUUUUCCUUGUCUACACGUCUCUUUCCUUGUCUACACGUCUCUUUCCUUGUCUACGUCUCUUUCCUUGUCUCUUUCCUUGUCUACACGUCUCUUUCCUUGUCUACACGUCUCUUUCCUUGUCUUCUCUUUCCUUGUCUACACGUCUCUUUCCUUGUCUACGUCUCUUUCCUUGUCUACACGUCUCUUUCCUUGUCUACACGUCUCUUUCCUUGUCUACACGUCUCUUUCCUUGUCUACACGUCUCUUUCCUUGUCUACCCCGUCUCUUUCCUUGUCUCGUCUCUUUCCUUGUCUACACGUCUCUUUCCUUGUCUACACGUCUCUUUCCUUGUCUACACGUCUCUUUCCUUGUCUACACGUCUCUUUCCUUGUCUACACGUCUCUCUAUUUAUUUAUUUUUUUUUUUUGCCCAUUUAAACUCUUUUUUUUUCUUGUUUCUUUUUGUUUCUUUUUGUUUCUUUUUUUUCUUUUCUUUUUCCUUUUGUUUUUCCUCUUUUCUUUUCUCUUCUUUCCUUUUUUUUCUGCCUACUGUUUGGUUUUAUAUUAA